UAGCAAAAAGAAUUUAUAUAUAUUCCCUCAAUUCCAAUCACCCUUCUCCUUCACUCAACAUAUUCAUUCCCUUCAUAUCACAACUUAACAUUAUUUAUAUAAGUCCAUUUGUGUAACCUCAUGUUCAUGGCUACACAAAAUUAUUCAAAAUGUGUCAUAUUUGUGACACUACUAAUAACAAUUCUUUUUGUCACUCCAAUAUCCUCAACAUCAAGAAAAUCUCUCAAUUCUCACCACAAUAUUUUUCAAGGUGGGUUCCGAGUCGAUCUUCGCCACGUUGAUUCAGGCAAAAACCUAACAAAACUCGAGCGCGUACAACAUGGCAUCGACCGUGGACACACUCGACUACAAAGACUAAACGUGGUCUUAGCAGCUUCAAGAACUCAAGAUUCUUCUUCUCAAUUGGAAGCACCAGUUCAUGCAGGCAAUGGUGAGUACCUAAUGGAAUUGUCAAUAGGAACACCACCAAUUUCCUACCCUGCAGUUUUGGACACAGGAAGUGAUCUCAUUUGGACUCAAUGCAAACCUUGUUCACAAUGUUACAAACAACCAACACCAAUUUUUGAUCCAAAAAAAUCCUCAACUUUUUCUAAGCUAUCAUGUAGUAGCAACUUAUGCAAAGCUUUACCUUCCUCAUCUUGUAAUGAUGGUUGCCAAUAUGUUUAUUCAUAUGGUGAUUAUUCAAUGACACAAGGUAUUUUAGGUAGUGAAACAUUCACUUUUGGUGAUGAUAAAAAAAACAAAGUUUCAAUUAAAAACAUUGGUUUUGGUUGUGGUGAAGAUAAUGAAGGUGAAGGUUUUGAACAAGCUUCAGGUUUAGUUGGACUUGGACGUGGCCCUUUAUCUUUGGUUUCACAAUUGAAAGAACAAAAAUUCUCUUAUUGUUUAACAUCAAUGGAUGACAACAAAAAAAGUGUUCUUUUAUUAGGAUCACUUGCAAAUGUUAACACAAAAGAGGUGAAAAUCACAACACCUCUUAUUAAAAAUCCAUUGCAACCAUCUUUUUACUAUCUUUCACUUGAAGGAAUCACCGUUGGUGACAAAAGAUUGUCUAUAAAAAAAAGUACUUUCGAAGUCGGCGAUGGUGGAAGUGGUGGUAUGAUUAUAGACUCUGGCACAACAAUUACAUAUUUAGAAGAGAAUGCUUUUGUUUCACUCAAAAAGGAGUUCAUUUCGCAAACAAAACUUCCGGUGGACGAUUCGAGUUCCACCGGAUUAGAUGUUUGUUUUAGUUUGCCAUUAGGGAAAACACAAGUUGAAAUUCCAAAGUUGGUUUUUCAUUUUGAAGGUGGUGAUUUGGAAUUGCCUGGUGAGAAUUAUAUGAUUGCUGAUUCAAAUUUGGGUGUGGCUUGUUUGGCUAUGGGAGCUUCUAAUGGAAUGUCAAUAUUUGGUAAUGUUCAACAGCAGAACAUUUUGGUUAACUAUGAUCUUCAGAAGGAAACUAUUACCUUUGUUCCUACUCAAUGUAAUAAUUUGUGAUCACUUUGUCAUUAAAAUCACUCACUUUCUUUCUUUGUUUACUAUGUUGCUAUGAUACUACGAUUGUUAUGAUUGAAUUUUUUAGUUGGUUUAAUAAUAUGAUGAUCGUUUUAUUUCUACA